AAAGAAUUCGGGUGUUAGUGGUGCAAAUCCCACAGAGAUUAAAGCGCUGUGGCCGCCUCUUGGGCCACGCUUGCACACGCCACACCCGCCACAGGUUUUUCGUCGCUUUAUAUUGAGGACAAUUGGGCCACCCCCUCCCCUCCUCGUCCAACUUUCCUCUAGCCUUUUUUCUUCACCUUUUCUCUUUCCAAAGAAAAUACCUUUUUUCCUCGCUAUAUCUUAUAUCCCCUGUAUAGAAGCAGCCGUGUAGGCGACUUUCCCACCUAUUGCAUAGCUUUCUUAUGGCAGAUAAUAUCCUGACACUGACAUCGCUUGACGAUGCCAUUUCCGGAGUGCAGCAGGCACCGGCACGGCCACUGAGUGGCCGCAGAAACAAAUCUUCAGAUGAUGUGGGCGGGCUGUGCGAGCGGGACUCAACACAGACCCGGUUGCACCAGCGCACAGCAUCAGCAUCCUCGCUGUCUGGAAGCACAAAAACAGAGGUGGUUCCGCAGACCAACAGCCUAAGGAUAGGCAUCAGGCGGCGGAUGACGCAGCCCGGCAGCACAGCAGGGUUUCCGAGCGAGACCGACGCGGGAUUGCGGCCGCGCAAGCGCAGCCUGUCAGUGGGUGGUGAGAAUGUGUGUCGGGACUUUUUUGCGCGGCAAAUCGAGCAGUACGGGCUGCAGGCGCUGCUGGGGUCGCCGGUAGGCGUGUGUCACUUCCUGGCAUCGACCAUUGCGGGGUUCAGCCCCGAGAACCUGCUGUUCUACCUGGAGGCCGAGCACUUUCGCACGGCAGUGUUUCCUGACGCCGAGAUGCGGGCGCGGUAUGCGCGCGGGCUGUACCGGUCGUUCAUCUCGCAUGCGGCGCCGCUAGAAAUCAACAUCAACCACAGCAUGCGCACGCAGGUCACAAACGUGCUGCGCUCAGGUGCACCGGUCUCGCAGGUGCUGUUCCAGGAGACCCAGAGCCACACAUACUCGCUGCUGGAGCAGGAGUUUGCUGCCUUCCGCCAGCGUCCCGCCUACGACCGUAUGCUGGCCGAGCUGACUGCCGGCCGCAAGGACGCAGGCCAGCGUGCUGUCGCUGCACUCUACGAUGCCCUGGCGUCCACCUACAAUGUUCACCGCCUGGCGCCUGGCAAGCACCGCCUGGUGGCCUCGGAGUGCCCGGCGUUUGUCAAGUUCGCCGACAUGGAGCUGACCAGCAGCGACCUGCGCGUGGCUCUACCGGCGUGGCUCUGCCGCACCACCGUGCGUCUGCUGGAUGUGGCCAUGCCCGAGUCGCCCGAGGAAGCGAGCCGGCUCCAAAGCGCCGACGCUCAGCAGGCGCUGUCAUUCUCGCGUCCGUCGGUCUCCGCUCCAGCACCCUCGCCGCGUGUGCAUCUGGCGCGCAAGACGUCGGCAGCCGCUGCCUACGGCACUGAGAAGAAGGCCAGCAAGCAGAAAUCGUUCCAGCGCCUGCGUACUCGCUUCCAGAGCGAUGCUGCUGAGACGGAGGUACCACGGUCGCCGCCCACGAAGCCGCGGUGGGUUGCAACGCUGCUGGGCUCGCGUCGUCGCAAGGCGUGAGCUUUGUUACUGAAAAUACUCUCUCCCCUGUCUAUACCAUCUACUAAGCCUGCUUAUCCUUUUUAAUUAGACCUAGCAUUAUUACUCUUCUUUCCACCC